UUCACCAGAGUGUAAAUAAGCAGUAGUUGCGUGCAGACUGCCUGUUUCACGUUCUACACCAUGUCUGCUCUUUAUCGGAUAAUUUUGCUGUUCCCCGUGGUUAUGGCCUCGCUGGCGCUGCAAAGUUCCCCGCGGACUAAGAGGGGGCUACUGGAGCUGGCGGGAGUCAUCAAGUGCAGCACAGGCAGAUCAGCCCUGGCAUACAUGAUGUAUGGUUGCUACUGCGGACUAGGGGGUCAGGGCUGGCCCAGGGACCAAGCAGACUGGUGUUGCCACAAACAUGACUGCUGCUAUGGAGACGCAGAAACUGCAGGUUGCCAUACCAAGACAAGACAGUAUAAAUGGAAAUGUGAUGACAAGACCGUAGAAUGUGAUGAUCUCAAGGAAAAAUGUGAGAGAAUUCUCUGUAAAUGUGACAGAGAGGCAGCCAAAUGCUUGAGAAGAGCACCAUUCAUUCAGAAAUACGCUAUGUGGCCAGACUUUCUCUGUGGUUAUACACAUCCAACAUGCAAUUUAUACUAAUUCAAUAAAUGUAUACUUUUGGG